AUACCCGAUUGGACCACGUCAGAACCCCGCCGGCCACGUGUUUUUUGCUUCGAUGCUUUUGGGUCCCCUUCCGCAAUGGCUGAAUACGACCUGGUUCCGUACGAACCUGUAGCGGACGACAGAAUUUGCCGCGCCGAUGAAGAUGGGAAUAUCUACGGUGCCUCGGGCUCCUUCCUGGCGUCCUACGCCAGCCGGCGCCGGCUGGUGAACACCUUCCAGGGCUCGGUGCCCCUGUCCCCUGGGGAGUCCUUCAAGCUGAAGGUGCUGGAGGUUGGAACGUUCGGGGAGAUUGCGAUCGGGCUUUCCGGCCCGAGGGGCCAGGCGACGGAUCAGAAUGUGGACGUGGACAUGGUGGGGUGGCUCAAAGGUGAAGUCGGGUUCCACGGAGACCACGGACGCUGCUAUGUGAACGGCCACGACGCCAAGCGCAGGUCCAGCGCAUGGCUGGUGGGCCAUGUGGUGGAGUGCGGCCUCACCACCAGCGCCAAUGUGUACUUCAAGCACACGGGCGGCACCGCGGCAACGCUGGAGAUGCCAGGUCGCUGGCAAAUCUCCCAUGCCUACCCGACGGUGACUAUACGAUCGUCGGGGGCAAAGGUGGACCUGGAUUUGGAAGGUGUGGAGCAGAAGCCAUUGAAAGACUUGCUGCCCCACAGCGGCCCCGAGUGGGGCGACGGCGCAGCCAGGUCAAAGACUUCGGCCUUGAACUUGUUGACAUCCUUCAAGAGGAUCGUCAUCUCAGAGGAGGUGUGCCAGGAAGGCCCUGGCGUGCCCAUCUUGGAACGACUCUUUGGGCAUUGGUGCGCCUGUGAGGAGAUCGAGGUCGGCGAGGCCGCGCCGCGAAUCCAGGCGUAGGCUCGCGGAACAGGGCCGCAGGGGCCGCCGUUUUGGCACCGUGCGGAA